GGCCGUGGGCAUCGGGCGGCUGUCAGCGGCGGGCCCGCGGGGCCGGGCCGGGCUCACCGACUCCGGGGGUGUCGCCGCGCUGGGGCUCGGCGGCUCCGGCGUGGCUCGGUGUGUCGGAGGGUGUUAGAGCCGCGGCCGGCGGGAUCCGAGACCGCCCCGACUCUGCCCAGCCCUGCCCGCCGCUGCCCUCGGGCUCUGCGUCCCACUUGCUCGGGAGGCCACGGUAACCAGGGGCGCACACCGAGGGAUGUAGGAAGAUUGAAUCCCUCUCUGGAACUUCUGAAUGUUUUUUUAACUAGUGGGAACAUUUUCUACACAGCAAAGCCAAUGGCUUAAUUUUGGCAAGUGCUGGUGUGGCUUUGGUUCUGCUAUGCUUCACGAAGCUUGAGUCUGAAGGAUACAGGGCUUUCUGGGAUGACAAUAUGACUCACAGUAAAGGAAGAUCUGUCACUCACAAGACAAGUGGCAGUCCAGACACUGGAGGAGGCUUUGUAGACUGGACUUUAAAUUUCAACACAAUUCAAUCGGACAAGUUUUUAAACUUGCUUUUAAGCAUGGUGCCAGUCAUUUACCAGAAGAACCAGGAAGACAGGCAUAAAAAAGCAAAUGGCAUUUGGCAGGAAGGAUUGUCAGGUGCAGCGCAGACCUUCAGCAAGAGAUCAGAGCCACAUCUGGACUACCACGAGUUCUCGGAGCAGGCCUUCCACGGUGGCAGCGGGCACGCUCCAGCCAGCUGCAGCCCCAAGUAUGACGACUACGCCGGCUAUAACUACUGUGAUGGGAGGGAGGCUUCGGAAACCACCGCCAUGCUACAGGACGAAGAUCUGUCCAGUGAGGGCGAUGAUGUUAUUGUGGAAACAAACCAGAAGCUGCCGAGGGAGUCCAGCGGCAUCAUGGCUCUGCAGAUUCUCGUGCCGUUCUUGCUGGCUGGGUUUGGAACAGUUUCUGCCGGCAUGGUUUUGGACGUAGUACAGCACUGGGAGGUGUUCAAGAACGUGACUGAAGUCUUCAUCUUAGUCCCUGCACUUCUUGGUCUCAAAGGGAACUUGGAAAUGACACUGGCUUCUCGGUUAUCCACUGCGGUAAAUGUUGGGAAGAUGGACUCACCCAUUGAAAAGUGGAAUCUAAUCAUUGGCAACUUGGCUUUAAAGCAGGUCCAGGCCACAGUGGUUGGUUUUUUAGCGGCCGUGGCAGCGAUCAUAUUGGGCUGGAUUCCAGAAGGGAAAUAUUACCUCAGCCAUUCCAUCCUUCUGUGCUCUAGCAGUGUGGCCACUGCCUUCAUUGCGUCGCUUCUGCAGGGAAUAAUAAUGGUUGGAGUUAUCGUUGGCUCAAAGAAGACAGGCAUAAACCCUGACAACGUGGCCACACCCAUUGCUGCUAGUUUUGGUGAUCUGAUAACUCUUGCCAUAUUAGCUUGGAUAAGUCAGGGUUUGUACUCCUGUCUUGAGACAUAUUAUUACAUUUCGCCGUUAGUUUGUGCCUUUUUCUUGGCCCUGACACCUAUCUGGAUUAUAAUAGCUGCCAAACACCCAGCUACCAGGACAGUGCUCCACUCAGGCUGGGAGCCCGUCAUAACAGCAAUGGUCAUAAGCAGCAUUGGGGGCCUUAUUCUGGACACAACUGUAUCUGACCCAAACUUGGUUGGGAUUGUUGUUUACACGCCAGUUAUCAACGGUAUCGGUGGCAAUUUGGUGGCCAUUCAGGCUAGCAGGAUUUCUACCUACCUCCAUUUGCAUAGCAUCCCUGGGGAACUGCCCGAAGAACCCAAAGGUUGUUCCUACCCGUUCAGGACAUUCUUUGGUUCAGGAGUGAACAAUAAGUCUGCCCAAGUUCUUCUGCUCCUAGUGGUUCCGGGCCACUUGAUUUUCCUCUACACAAUUCACCUGAUGAAGAGUGGCCACACCUCUCUGACUGUAGUCUUUGUUGUUGUGUACCUACUUGCUGCUGUGCUACAGGUGUUCACCUUGCUGUGGAUCGCCGACUGGAUGGUCCAUCGCUUCUGGAGGAAAGGGAAGGACCCGGACAGUUUCUCCAUCCCCUACCUGACGGCACUGGGUGACCUGCUUGGGACAGCUCUGCUGGCCUUAAGUUUCCAUUUUCUCUGGCUUAUUGGAGACCACGAUGGAGACGUUGGGGACUAAUGGAUCCUAGAAGCUGUUGCGGGGUCACCCAGGAGGAGAACACAUGGGCAGCCACUGCGCCCCUCCCCAACGCUCUUCACCUGUUGUGUGACUUAUGCCGGGGUAGUCUGCGGUUCACCCUGACUCCAUAAUGGCCUUAACGUGCUUUUUAAGGAAUUUGUGCUGAAACCACAAUGAACGGUAUUUGUGCUGCUUUUUGUAGAAUAAAUAAUUUGACAGAGACAUAGAUACAAGCUCACACUCUGAAGUUAAUUAGGAAAGAAUAUAGGAUGUUUACAAUGAAUAAUUUUGAAACCACAGAGCUAGCAGAAAUAUACUUUAUUAUUAAGUUAUAGCGCGAGGUUAGAGGCAAGGGAGCCUUAGCUGCCUUUGCCCUACAGCUGUCUCCCUGCAGCGGAUGCUGUGACGGGAAAGGACCAGCCAAGCACCCUAAGUGUUAAUUACGCCCUCCUCCGCGGGAGCAAGGCUGCCAAUCACUUAUUCCUAAACUGACUGAUUCCUUCUGCUGAACACGUGACAAACUGACUUGUACUCGUGUGUAAAACUGCCCUGUGCCAAUGUUCACUUUAUUUCAAGUUCUCAACAGGUGAGGCUUUAAGAGAGGGGCUCGCCAUGCCGCCCCCGCAGGUCUUCAGUUUGCGGGCCUCUUGCUCUGGUUCCCUCCUCCUGGCUCUAAAAGCAGUGGGCCGUUUUGUUCAUUUGGAAAAUGUUGAUCUGAUUUAGAAAAUGGUCAUCAGAGCAGAAAAUCAGUUGAGCUGUAUUUGUGGGCACAGGAUGGUGUGUGUGUGUGUGUGUGUGUGUGUGUGUGUGUGUGUGUGUGUGUGUACAUACAUGUGUGAACAUGUAUGUAUGCAUGCAUAUGUUAAAGAGUGUGAGCAUGUAUGAACAUAUGUGAGUGUAUGUGUGCUCAUGUGUGCAUGUAUGUGCACAUGCGAACAUGUGUGAGCAUAUGUGCAUGCGUGCGUGUGUGUGUGUGUGUGUGUGUGUGUGUGUGUGUGUGUGUGUGAAGAGAGAGACAGAGACAGAGACCAGAGAGAAAGACAGAUAUAGACAGAUAAACAGACAAAGUAAUUCCUUUUUCUUAAGUAAGUACCAUUUAAUAAAACAGAGACCUAAGAUUUGGGAAGCGCAGGCGCCCCUGUUGCUCUGUUGGGCCCCCUGCCUGUCUGUCAUCCCUCCAAAGGAGAUGCUGUGGCUUACCUCGGUCAGCAUCUCAUCACGGGCCCAUCUACAGGGACCAUCUCAUUUACGAGGCUGUAGUUCUCAAGCAGUUCCCUGAAGCUCCAGCCUGUCUUCUCACAGCUGACUUGCACCUGGCAGUCGAUGGGAAGCUCAAGAGAACUGCAGUGCAGUCUUUGAAGACCGUUAAAUAUCUAACAAUUGAAACUGCCGAGGGAGUAGAGUGCCGUGACGUGGACUGUCACGGUGAGUUGGUGGUGUGUGACCAGCGGGUGGUUUGUAAAUACAUUGAGGAGGUAUUCUUGUUAUUGUGGAGGCUGUGGUUUAGAGUUCUAUAUUUUUGCUUACUUUUAAACGUCAUUCAAUUCUUCUGCCUUAUAAUCAGACUUUGAAGGCAUGGUUUGAACUAAUUAUGGAUCUCUCCUUUAGAGAGUUGUAAUGCCACAGAGUGAACAUUCUGACAAAAUAAGCAUAAAGUUUACAUUGAUGAAUAUUUAGUUGCAAAGAUUAUUUUAUGUUUUAAAAAUUAAUAUACCUUUCUUUUUAUUAUAAGGUAUUUGUGAAUUUGGCUGUACGUUCUUUUGUUUUGAGACAGUCGUGCUGUCUCCCAGGCUGGUCUUGAACCUGAGGCCUACCCACUGAGCUUCUUUUUCCUGGACUCGCAGAGUCAGUCCCAGUGUCAGCACUGCCAACAGUGUUAGGCUGCUGUGUCUGUCACACGUUCCAAGACACAUGCAGAUGCCAACAGCAGUCCUCUCCUGUCUGGAUCUUAGAGCAGGGACAGAGGGAUGCAGAGGAGUGACAUUUUUAAGAUUGCACAGUUGCAAAGUGGCCGGACUGUUCUAGACCUGUAGACUUUGUUGUGUCAUCUGUACCCAACCCCCCAAAGCACAUAAACUAUCCACCUCCUUACCUGAGAGGAAGCUGGCUGGAGAAAGUCCAGUCCAGUGUUCCUAGUCUCCAGAAUUGCAGGGAUGCCUCCACCGGAUGUGUCUUGGUGGUCAGCACAGCCAGCUCUGAGGUAGUCAUGUUCCUAAUGUCAGAGAGACUGUAAAGGAAAUAAUGAAUAUUAUACCUUAUAAAAUGUUUUCCACUUUAUGAUGAAGACUUUAGAUUAAAAAACAACACCUCAUUUCUUUUCCUUUUAUUGUUGUUUUGUUUUUCGAGACAGGGUUUCUCUGUGUAGCCCUAGCUGUCCUGGAACUCGCUCUGUAGACCAGGCUGGCCUGAAACUCACAGAGAUCCUCCUGUCUCUGCCUCCCGAGCACUGGGAUUGAAGGCGUGCGCAGCCACCGCCUGGUGACGCCUCUAAGUACCAACUGUCUUCCUGGAGCUACUGUGCCACGGGAGACUAGCGGGCAGCUGAUGCUCGGCCUUUGUCAGGACAGUAAACCGUCUAAAAUGAAUGCAAUGGGCAAAACCAAACGCGGCCUGAGUGGGUUGUAAAAGGAUAUACAUUUCUUUAAAAACAAUUGCAGAUCUUUGAAAGUCUUCAUGUAAGCAUAUAAGUUUUAUUUACCCAUAAAAUUUAUUAUCAGUCUUAGGUAAACUAACAGUAUUUUUAUACCACGAAAAAACCCUACUUUCCAAAAUUCUUUUUCCACUAAUUUACCAGGCACAUUCUACACAUAGCUAAAUAAAUCAUAUUUUUUUAUUCUUGACCAUCCACCUUUUUUUUGAAAUGUCCAAAGUUUCUUAGAGGCUAAUAAAGUAGAAACACAUGGUGGAUGUCUUGUGGAGACAUCAGAAAACCUCACACCAUAAGCUGUCCGUGAUGUAGCCAAAUGAGUCCUUUAGAGUCUCCCAGUGGUAGGGCAUCCCUUCCUCCCUGUGUCUAAGAUAUAGUUUACCCACUGACAGUGGGCUCUGGCACCUUGGAAUUGUGUAAACCCAGUCAAAAUAAAAUGUGAGAAGCA